UGUUGCUGUCUCGAGGGAUGGCCUGUCUGAUGGCCGCCUGGUCCGUCCACAACCCCACCGUCACCAACUCCAUCAUUAUGAACACUAACGGGCCCCCGGACCUGAUGUUGGACCCUCGGACAGUGUGUGUUUGUAUGGAUGCGCGGCCGUCCGGCGGCCAGCAGACGCCGCUGCUGCAGGGACACCUGAAGAAGGUGGACAAUAACCUGACGGAGGCCCAGAGGUUCUCCUCGUUACCACGGAGGCCGGCGGUCAACAUGGAGUUCAGAGACGUGUCCUACUCCAUCAGAGAGGGACCCUGGUGGAGGAAGAAAGGUUACAAAACUCUGCUCAAAGGGAUUUCUGGGAAAUUCACCAGCGGGGAUCUGGUGGCCAUCAUGGGGCCCUCAGGAGCCGGGAAGUCCACCCUCAUGAACAUCCUGGCUGGGUACAGGGAGACGGGGAUGAAGGGGGAGAUCCUGAUCAACGGUCAGCCCAGAGACCUGCGCUCCUUCAGGAAGGUUUCCUGUUACAUCAUGCAGGACGACAUGCUGCUUCCUCACCUCACCAUACAGGAGGCCAUGAUGGUACCAACUGUAGGAGAAGUCAGACGUCGGAGAACUCUGGUCUCAGCGAACCUGAAGCUGCAGGAGAAGGAGGAGGCUCGCAGAGAGAUGGUCCGGGACAUCCUGAUGGCUCUGGGUUUACUGGACUGUGCUAAAACCAGGACAUCUCACCUGUCGGGGGGUCAGAGGAAGAGACUGGCCAUCGCUCUGGAGCUCGUCAAUAACCCACCGGUCAUGUUCUUCGACGAGCCAACCAGUGGGUUGGACAGCUCGUCCUGUUUCCAGGUGGUGUCUCUGCUCAAAGCUCUGGCUCAGGGCGGACGGACCAUCAUCUGCACCAUCCACCAGCCCAGCGCCAAACUGUUCGAACUCUUCGACAAGCUGUACGUCCUCAGUCAGGGUCAGUGUAUCUACAGAGGGAAAGUCUCCAGUCUGGUUCCGUACCUCAGAGACCUCGGACUCAACUGCCCCACCUACCACAACCCCGCCGACUUCGUGAUGGAGGUGGCGUCCGGCGAGUACGGGGACCAGAUGGUGCGGCUGGUGAAGGCGGUUCACGACAGGAAGUGUGAGAAGGAUCAUCAGAGCGAGCUGAACGGAGACACCAACCUCCACCUGUUCCUGUGGCAGCGCGCAGAGGAGGAGAACUCGUCGUCUGAAGGUUGCCACAGUUUCUCCGCCAGCUGUAUGACCCAGUUCUCCAUCCUAUUCAGGAGAACCUUACUCAGCAUCCUCAGGGACUCGGUGCUGACUCACCUGAGGAUCUCGUCUCACAUCGGGAUCGGCAUCCUGAUUGGUCUGUUGUACUUGGGCAUCGGCAACGAGGCCAAGAAGGUUCUGAGCAACUCUGGGUUCCUCUUCUUCUCCAUGUUGUUCCUCAUGUUCGCCGCUCUGAUGCCCACGGUUCUCACAUUUCCUCUGGAGAUGGGAGUUUUCCUGAGGGAACACCUGAACUACUGGUACAGUCUGAAGACUUACUACCUGGCCAAGACCAUGGCGGACGUCCCCUUCCAGGUAGUAUUCCCAUUGGUGUACUGCAGUAUUGUGUACUGGAUGACGGCUCAGCCUCCAGAUGCCGGACGCUUCUUCCUCUUCCUGUCUCUGGGGGUCCUGACCUCUCUGGUGGCUCAGAGUCUGGGUCUGCUGAUCGGAGCAGCCUCCACCUCGCUGCAGGUGGCGACGUUUGUGGGUCCGGUCACGGCGAUCCCAGUCCUGCUGUUCUCCGGGUUCUUCGUCAGUUUCGACACCAUCCCCUGGUACCUGCAGUGGAUGUCCUACAUCUCCUACGUCAGAUACGGGUUCGAGGGUGUCAUCUUGUCCAUCUACGGUCUGGAUCGGGAAGAUCUUCACUGUGACGAAGACGAAACGUGUCACUUCCAGAAGUCCGAGGCCAUCCUGAAGGAGCUGGACAUGCUGGACGCCAAACUCUACCUGGACUUCAUUGUGCUUGCCAUCUUCUUUUUCUCCCUGAGGCUCAUCGCUUACUUCGUCCUGCGUUACAAGAUCAGCGCUGAGAGGUAGACCAGGACCAGGAGGAUGAAGAGUCGCAGAGGGAGUGUCCUGCGUUUAGGCCAAAAAACCUUUAGGCCAAUGUUAGCGUGUAGCGGAGUUUGCCCACACUGAAUCUACUUUGGCUUUAAAAAUGUACAUGAAGAAGAGGAGACAAUGUGAGGAGCCACGACGGAGCAGCAAAGUCUGAGGGGAAGACAGAGACCUGCAGGUGUAGAUUAGAUUUGGUUAAAGGUCUCAGGUCCUGCAGGAACAGGAUCUGCUCUUCUGAUUCCUGAAGGUCUCACUGUUCCACAACUAGACCAGAACUGGAGAAGACCUGAUGUUCGUGUCCAGCUCCUCCAGUCGGGGAGACGAAGAUCAGAUCAGAGACGACGUUCAUGACACUUCAGUUGAUUGUUGAGAUUGGGGUCAAAGGUGAAAGUGACAUGGGGACACACUGUAUCUCACUGUUUAUGAAUAAAGAGACAAAUCAUUUCUUGAA